AUUCAAGUAGUCGCCAAGGUUUGUUAUAUGAAGUUCUACAGUCAAUUACGAGAAUCGUUCAGCAGGGGAGGCAAAUACAUUUUUUAUGGGUUCCAGCUCAUGUAGGGGUGAAGGGAAAUGAGAAAGCCGAUAAGAUGGCGAAGAAGGCAUUGGAGAAGGAAAAAGUAGAAAUGAAUAUCAGUUUAAGUAAGGCAGAAGUUAAAAGCCUGAUAUGGGAAAAAGUUAACAAAAUGUGGCAAGACAAAUGGGACAGUGAGGAGAAAGGGAGAUAUAAUAUUAAAAAAAGUGUUAAUGUUAAAAUAAGGUAUAGUGGUCAGAGGAAGGAUGAACACAUUUUGAUAAGGUUAAGGUUGGGGCACAGUGCACUAAAUAAAACAAUGAAUUUGAUAGGAAAACACCCCACUGGAUUAUGUGAGGGGUGCCAGGUAGAGGAGACAGUGGAACAUGUUUUAAUGUACUGUAGUGGUUAUGGGAUGGAGAGGGAAAGUAUGAAAAAUCAAUUGAGAGGAUUGGGUAUGCAGGAGUAUACUUUGGAAAAUAUUUUAAGAUUAAUGAAGAGGAAUUGUAUAAAAGUAUUGUUUGGCUUUUUGAGAGAAACAGGGUUAGGAUAGUAGAAAGAAGGUGUCAAUGAGUGAGUGUUUGGAUAUUUUUGUUUUGAUUCAUUAACUGGAUCAGAAGAGGGCGGUAAUGCACCAAGUUGUGGAUGCCAACCGCCGUAAAACCCCAAGAAGAAGAAGACAGUGACGUGACUUCCGCCUCCACCGACAUGCUGGUUUUUGUUUCCCAUGCUUUGAAAAGGAUCAUUUAGUUCUGCAGCUCUUCCUCCUGACUUUAUUCCAAAUACGAAGUGCCCCUUGGACGACAUUAAGUCCAUUCUGUAUAUUAGAUAAGCCAUGGCUAAGGACAUGCCCAACGGGAGCGGAACCAAGGGGUCGGAUGAAGCGGAGUCUGUAAAGAGAAAAAAGGACCGCAAACUGGAAAAGAAGAGCAAGAAGAUGAAGCUGGAGCAGGAGUCUGAACAGGAGGUUCCUGAAUUAUUGGUAAAGCAAAAAAAGCACAAAAAACCCAAGAAGAACUCCAGGGAGGAGGAGGAGGAGAAGGAGGCACCACAAGAGGUUACAGAGCCCGCCCAGGAGGGGGAGGAGCCGAACCCCGAGGAGCGCCGGGUUCUCGAGAGGAAACUCAAGAAGAUCCGGAGGAAGGAAGAGAAGGCCCAGCUGAAGGCCGAGGGGAAGACGGUGGAGAAGGUGGCCCCGGAGAAGGUGCUGCCGUCACGACAGAACUUGGACUACCUCACGUGCUGGAAUGAGAACCGCGCCGCGUGGAAGUUCCAGAAGCACAGGCAGACGUGGUUACUGCAGCAGAUGUACGACUCUGAGAAGGUCCCUGACGAGAGCUUCCCGGUGCUGCUGCUGUACAUCGAGGGUCUGCGUGGCGCCGCCCGGGACCUGACGGUGCAGAAGGCGGAGGCCCUGGUCAAGAGCCUCGGGGACGGGCCCUGGGACCCGGAGCAGCAGCAGAAGAUGCAGAGAGCCAGAGAGGUGCUCCAGCUGCUGUCCUGAUCCGCCGCCCGGACCCCCCCAGGGUGGACCCCCAUCAGGGGGGAGACCCCCCCCACGGUGGACCCCCCCCCCCAGGGUGGAGCCCUCACUUCCCUAGGGGGCUCUGUCUGCCAUGUGACUAUCCAUUUUUAUAUUUUGAUGUGGGCACGGUUUCUUGUAACAUAUCAACUCUAUCUGUAUUUCUGACCUAGACGUCCAUUAUUGAUCACAAAGCCUUUGUUUUUACAGAGGUAUGGAUGAAUCUGUUAUCUGUAGGGUCGGCUCCUAUGGGCUACAGGGAGGGACAGACAGACCCGCUGUGGUCCCGUUCAGUCUAAUGUCUUACAGAGGGUCGCCUUCUGGAACAAAUAAACAUCAUUAACUAAAUUGCA